AUGAGCGACAGAGCCGAGACGAGAGGGCCCGUAACCCGCCGCAGUAGGACGGCCGUGAGCGGCGGCGGGGCGGCGAGCGUGAAGCAGGUCCACGGGAGCAAGUCAAACGAUGCUGGCGACAAACCUCCGCAGCACAACGGCAGAGCCAGGACGGAAAACGACGUGCAGAGUCCCAGGAACGGGAAGGUGGACGGAGACGGCGGGCAGCAGCUCGCAAACCUCUCCAAGAAGCAGAGAAGUGCAGUGGAGGACAUCAACGAGAAACUCAGCUGUCAUGUCCUUCAGGAAUCUCUCCUGAGCUCGGCCAGCGGCUACAGCAACUACAGAGGAAUCCUCAACUGGUGCGUUGUCAUGCUGGUGCUGAGUAACGCUCGCCUCUUCUUGGAGAACAUUAUAAAGUAUGGCAUCUUAGUGGACCCUAUACAAGUGGUGUCUCUCUUCCUGAAGGACCCCUACAGUUGGCCAGCAGCUUGUCUCAUCAUUGCUUCUAAUGUGUUCGUCCUCGCAGCCUUAUACUUAGAGAGACGUUUGGCUGUGGGAACCAUUUCUGAACUGUCAGGACGGAUUCUGCACUUUGUUAACCUGACGUCCAUGUUGGUCUUUCCUGCAGCCGUCAUACUCUGUGUGCCCACUGUGACUCCAGUGGGUGGUGUCGUCUCUCUAGGUGUCUACACUGUGUUCUUUCUGAAGCUGUACUCCUACAAAGACACCAACAGGUGGUGCAGAGAAAUCAGACAAGCCAAAGCCAAGAAACUCACACGAUCAUACUCGUGUCCAUCUGUGGCACAGUCCAAUGGUUCAGCAGUUCACACUAAUGUCUCCUACCCAGGCAACCUCACACACAGAGACAUGUAUUACUUUCUGUGUGUCCCAACGCUCUGCUACCAGCUUAACUUCCCACGGUCGUCUCGAAUCCGCAAAAGGUUUCUGAUGAGAAGACUUUUUGAAAUGCUUUUCCUAAUGCAGCUGUUGGUGGGACUAAUACAGCAGUGGAUGGUUCCCACUAUACAGAACUCAAUGAAGCCAUUCCAGGAAAUGGACUUUUCUCGGAUGGUAGAGCGUCUCCUGAAGCUGGCUGUCCCCAACCAUCUUAUAUGGUUAAUAUUCUUCUAUUGGUUUUUCCACUCAUCUAUGAACUUCCUGGCAGAGCUGCUGCAGUUUGGAGACAGAGAGUUUUACAAGGACUGGUGGAACUCUGAGACCGUCACCUAUUUCUGGGCCAACUGGAAUAUCCCAGUACACAAGUGGUGCUUGAGACACUUUUAUAAACCAAUGCUGAGUAAAGGAUUCAACAAGUUUCAGGCUCAGAUUGCUGUCUUCCUGGUGUCUGCGUUCUUCCAUGAGUACCUGGUGAGUGUCCCUCUGAAGAUGUUCAGACUGUGGGCUUUCAUGGGAAUGAUGGCUCAGGUUCCUCUGGCUUGGUUUGUGGGUCGAUUCCUGACCGGAAACUAUGGCAACGCAGCCGUGUGGCUCUCUCUCAUCAUUGGCCAACCUGUCGCUGUGCUGAUGUACGUUCAUGACUACUAUAUCAUUCAUUAUGGGACCACUACAUAGUACUGGAUGCACACACACCAGCCUGCAGGAUGAGACUGAGUGUGUAGAAAGCCAAGCAGCGAACUUCAGUCCUGUUGCAUUUAACAAUUUUUGCACUUAAUAAAAUGGACCCUGGUAACUUAAGGUUUCCCACAGUUGUCUAGAACUAUGAAGCUCAUACAAGCAUUAGGAGCGCUGAAUAAAACUGCAGUAGAGUGGAAAUGCAGACACUGCUGGAGGUUUGGAAAGUGCACACCAAUACUGUACACAAAUGUGAACCACUGCCCAGUGAGCACAAGCCAGAACCGGAUCCUGCCUCCAGAGCGCUAAGUAUAAAGUUGCACUUUUUUUGCAUCCAAAGGCAUCACAGACCCUUUAAAAGUCACUUUGUCCCAACAGGGCUUUAUAGGAUUAAACAUUCUGAAAGCCCGUCUAAGAAAUGCUCUCAAAUUGACCAAUUUUUUUACCUGUCCUGUAUAUGUGUGUGUAUAUAUAUCCUGUAUCCCAUCUCUGUGAUGCAAGUAUUACAGAUAUUUCUAUGAAAGUGACUGUAAAAAAUGAAACUGAAGGGAAAACUCUACCAGUAUAAUGUGCUAAAGCUGUACUCUGCCUUGGCUCUUGUUUCUGUGCUUUUGUUGCAUUGAAAGCUUAAUUUUUUUAUUUUCAUAAUUUAUGUCUACGUCUGUCUACUUUGUGCCAUCCUGAAAUUAUUUUUUGUACUUUAGGUUAUGAUUUAAAAAGUGAUUUAAUCCAAUUGUUGAUUUAUAUAUUUUUUUCCUUCCAGUCUGAAAUGAUGAAUGCCUUUUGCACUUUAAACAGUUGCAUGCUGUUGACUAAAGCAAUAGAUUUUGAUGAGUUAUUUUAUUUCAGUUGUCUCGUUGGAAUAAUGUGUUCUGUAAUUUGUCCUGGUUGACUUUUUGACAUGUAUGGUUGGCUCAGUUUCAUCUUGUUUAGUAAGUAAAUCAGAAGCUGCUCUGGAUAAAAAAAAUCUGCCAAAUGAUUUUCAUUAUUCAGAUCCUGAAGCAUAUAAAUAUGGACAGAUAAGAAUGAAUAUAGUAAAGGUUUUGUUAUCAUACUUAAGCUUUAGUUUUUGAAUUAACAGCUCACUAUAAUUCACAUCUCUUUAAUUCUUGUCCCAUACUAAUUAGUUAUUAAUCAUAUUACAGGGAAAGUGUUGUUAAAUCCCCAGACAAUUUAUAAAAAAUUAUUAUACUGCAUAUUCACCUUCAUUGCAUGGAAAUCUGGUUUAACAAAUUUUAAACCAUAGGUUAAAUGUUUUUGGAUGAAUAAUAAAAUGAAUGUAUUACUGUGAAAUCAAAGUAAAACAAAGAUGUUUUGGGAAUGUUGAAUUUAAAGCCUUAUACUUGAAAUAAAUUGUGUUUUGGAUAAAGACUAUUUACAAUAUGAA